GACGGACCUAACCCGCGUGGCUCGUGCCCUGCGAGAGCUGCUGCUGUGUAUGUUUGAGUUUCUUUAGCAAGAAUAUAAUUAUUAUUUUCAUCAUGCGUCCGUUAACAGACGAAGAAACCAAAACAAUGUUUGAGAAACUCUCUAAAUACAUUGGGGAGAAUAUCAAACUUCUUAUUGAUCGUCCUGAUGGGACUUACUGUUUCAGACUUCAUAAUGAUCGAGUAUAUUAUAUGAGUGAUAAAAUCUUGAAGUUGGCUACAAAUAUCUCCCGAGACAAACUGGUAUCUGUUGGCACGUGCUUUGGAAAGUUCACGAAAACACAGAAGUUUCGUCUGCACACCACCGCUCUCGAUUUCCUCGCGCCAUAUGCUAAGUUUAAGGUGUGGGUGAAGCCGGGAUCAGAGCAGUCAUUCCUGUAUGGAAACCACAUCAUGAAGUCCGGCCUGGGGAGAAUCACAGAAAACACAGCGCAGUACCAAGGAGUGGUGGUCUUUUCGAUGGCAGAUGUACCGCUGGGCUUUGGAGUGGCAGCGAAGACCACACAGGAGUGUCGGAAGGUCGACCCCAUGUCCAUCGUGGUUUUCCAUCAGGCUGAUAUCGGCGAGUACAUCAGAAGUGAAGACACUCUCACAUAAGACGAUAUAAUAUCUCCAGUGCUCAUGGACUGUUCAUUACAUUCUGGUGAUUGGAUGUUCCCAACAUUGCAUUCUUUUGGACAGUUUUCAGUGUUUAAACAAUAUUUGUUAUGUGACUUUCCAUUGAAUUCCCAGUGUGUCAACUUGUUACUGUGAAAGAAAUAACACUGUACAAUUUAUUGCCAAUGAAAUAAAUUAUUUUCGAAUUACA